ACGCGCCGGCCUCAAAAUGGCCGCCUUUUGGCGUCUCUGGCGCUGUUGAAUGGAGAAAGCUUUAUUGUUCCCUUCGGGCGGGAGUGUUCGUGUCCUCUAUGGCGCUGUCAAUAAAGAACGGCAGUUUGAAUCGGUGCUGAACAGGAUAUAGCCCUGACCCUCAAAAAGUGGGUUCCAGAAGAAGAGAGGGUAGACAUCCUCGGGGCAAGGCCUAUGCGAUGGAGCUCCCCAACUACAGCCAGCAGCUGCUGCAGCAGCUCUACACCCUGUGCAAGGAGCAGCAGUUCUGUGACUGCACCGUCUCCGUCGGCGCCAUUUACUUCAGGGCCCACAAGCUCGUCCUGGCCGCGGCCAGCCUCCUGUUCAAAACCCUGCUGGACAGCACCGACACCAUCUCCAUCGAUGCGUCCGUCGUGAGCCCCGAGGAGUUCGCCCUCCUGCUCGAAAUGAUGUACACUGGCAAGCUGCCUGUGGGCAAGCACAACUUCUCCAAGAUCAUCUCUCUAGCCGACAGCCUGCAGAUGUUUGACGUGGCCGUUAGCUGUAAAAAUCUUCUGACCAACCUCGUGAGCUGCUCGGUUCAGGGCCAGCUGGUGAGGGAUGUCUCCACGGCGCCCGCAGAGCCAGGCGGGAAGGAGUCGGAGAAGCCUGAGGUGGAGAUCCUUUCCCCAGAGGGUGCCCGAGAGCCUUGCUCUUCCCUGGAGGGCUCUGCCCCCGCUGGGGGCGCCGGGAGAGCUGGGGCCCAGGAGGCCGUCCGCACGGUUGCCGAGGAGCCGAGUGUGGGUCCUUCUACUGCCCAGGAGAUUCGGGGGAAUGCACGCACCCCAGCGGAGAGUCCUCGCACAGCUGAAGGUGGCUCCGCGGCCCCUGCCGGACAAGCCUUUAGUGAGGCAGAGGAGGCGGGCUCGGGGCCAGAGUAUGAGAGGAAACCCCAUCAGCUGAAUUUUCUUCUAGAAAAUGAAAGUAUCUUCUCUGACGCGCUCUUGGCUACGCAGGACAUUUUAAAAAGACUAGAGGAAUGUUCAGAAAUUAAAGGUGCACAGGAGGAGACUAUAAUGGCAUGUCUUGAGGGUGGAGAAGGACGUUCAGCAUUCCAGAGAAUCCUGGAUAAAGUAAGGGAUGAGAGCCUGGAUGUUCAGACUGUCGUGUCUCUGCUGAGGCUAUGCCAGGAUUCCAGCCCCGAGGUAAAGGCAGCAUUGUCAGACAGAACGCCAGAAGACGUCAAAGCGAUGCGGCCAGAAGGGAGCACAGAGGAGGGAAAGACCUUGUCUGCUCUGUUACUGGAACACAAAGAGGCCCUGAUCCAGUGUGUCACACAGCCGAGACCCAGCCUGCAGUUCCUGGAAGCCGCCAAGGAGGAGCUCCUGACCAGCACCGAGAGAAGGGAGAUCCUGAAUUGCUGCGAGGGCGGGACGCCCAAGGAGGCCGUGGAAAAGCUGCUGCACAGAAUGUCUGAAGACAAGACUCUGACUGCAGAGAGUUUGGUAAAACUCCUUCAGGCUGUGAAACCAACAUCCCCAAACUUGGGCCUUCUGCUGGAGAAUUUGCGGAAAUUAGCCACUUCGCCAAGCACCCCAGUCCAAGCAAGCCCUGAUGAUUACGGGACUGAGCUGUUGAGACGAUACCACGAAAACCUCUCGGAGAUUUUCACAGACAACCAGAUGUUGUUAAAAAUGAUCCCACACAUGAAGGGUUUAGCCCCUGGAGAAAGAGAGGUCAUGGAGAAGCUUGUGAAACAGGACUCUGGCUCGGGUGGUUUCAGUUCUCUGAUGUCAGCUGCUCUAGAAAAGCAGACUGUCUCUGCAACAGCCAUUUGGCAGCUGCUGCUGGUGGCUCAGGGGACAAAGACCGGCCCAUUGAACCUGCUCAUGGAGGAAAUACGAAGGGAGCCUGGUGCCGAUGCUUUCUUCCGGGCAGCGGCCAACCCAGAACGUGCGGCCUUAGAAGCCAUGCUGAGGCAUCGCAGACUGAUCCUGGAGGCCAUCCAACAGGGGACUGGACUCAAGUGCUUUACUGCAGAGGAGGGGCAGCUGGCAGAGGCUGUGAAGGAGAUUCUGAGCAUUUCCCCUGAGACAACCAGCCCUGAAGCUUCUCUGAAUGCAGUGCUGAGCAGAGCCGUGGAAAAAUCUGUCUCGGCCCUUGAAAUAUGUUACCUCCUGUGCCACGUCCACAGAUCUUUCCCAGGCCUGCAGCCGGUCAUGUGUGACUUAGCAUACACUGGCUUCCUUACUCAGGAAAGUGGAGAGAAGGAAAGGUGGAAAGUCAGCAAUAAAUUUCAUCGUGUCGCCAACGACAGAACAGAUGAGAAGGUGGCCAAGCCAGCGGAGGAAAGCUGCCGGUCUGGGACACAGAGCCAUCAAGGAGAGACCGGCUCCGUGCCAGAGCCACAAGCAAAAGAUGUGUCUGCCUCCCCCGACGCUGCCAAGAAGAGCUUCGUCUGCAAGGCCUGUGACAAAAGCUUCCACUUCUACUGCCGUCUGAAGGUGCACAUGAAGCGCUGCCGUGUGGCCAAGAGCAGACAGGUGCGGUGCAAGGAGUGCAGUGAGACCAAGGAGUCUAAGAAGGAGCUGGAAAAACACCAGCUGGAGGCCCAUGGUGGCGGAGGGGAGCCCGACGUCCCAAAGAAGAAGAAGAAAAGGCUUCCGGUGACGUGUGACCUCUGUGGGAGAGAAUUUGCCCAUGCCUCAGGCAUGCAGUACCACAAACUGACAGAGCACUUUGAUGAGAAGCCUUUCUCCUGUGAAGAGUGCGGGGCAAAGUUUGCGGCCAAUUCUACCCUGAAGAACCACCUUCGCCUUCACACUGGGGACCGCCCAUUCAUGUGCAAGCACUGCCUCAUGACCUUUACCCAGGCUUCCGCCCUGGCCUACCACACCAAGAAGAAGCACUCAGAAGGGAAGAUGUAUGCCUGCCAGUACUGUGACGCUGUGUUCGCCCAGUCCAUUGAGCUGUCCCGCCACGUGAGGACCCACACCGGGGACAAGCCAUAUGUCUGCAGGGACUGUGGCAAGGGCUUCCGGCAAGCCAAUGGCCUGUCCAUCCACCUGCACACCUUUCACAACAUAGAAGAUCCCUAUGACUGCAAGAAAUGCCGGAUGAGCUUCCCCACCCUGCAGGACCAUCGCAAGCACAUCCACGAGGUCCACUCCAAGGAGUACCACCCCUGCCCCACGUGCGGGAAGAUCUUCAGCGCCCCUUCCAUGCUGGAGCGGCACAUGGUGACCCACGUCGGGGGGAAGCCCUUCAGCUGCGGGAUCUGCAACAAGGCCUACCAGCAAUUGUCUGGUUUGUGGUACCACAAUCGGACCCACCACCCUGAUGUGUUUGCCGCUCAGAAUCAUCGAUCUUCCAAGUUCUCGUCGCUCCAGUGCAGCUCCUGUGACAAGACCUUUUCCAACACCGUUGAACACAAGAAGCACAUCAAAGCAGAGCAUGCAGACAUGAAGUUCCAUGAGUGUGACCAGUGUAAGGAGCUCUUCCCCACUCCAGCUUUGCUGCAGGUCCACAUCAAGUGCCAGCAUUCAGGGUCACAGCCGUUCAGGUGCUUGUACUGUGCGGCGACUUUCCGCUUCCCGGGAGCACUGCAGCACCACGUCACCACGGAGCACUUCAAGCAGUCGGAGAGCACCUUCCCCUGCGAGCUCUGCGGGGAGCUCUUCACCUCACAGGCCCAGCUUGAUGGCCACUUGGAGGCUGAACACCCGAAGGUGCCGGGCGCUGAGACUUCAGCCGCAGCCGCUCAGGUGGUGCAGGUGAUCCAAGCCCCAGAGCCAGCGGCCCCGACAGAGCAGGUGAUCACUUUGGAGGAGACCCAGCUUGCUGGGUCGCAGGUGUUUGUGACCUUGCCAGAUGCACAGACGUCUCAGACCAGCUCUGAGCUUGUGGCAGUGACCGUGGAGGAUUUGCUGGAUGGCACCGUGACCCUCAUCUGUGGCGAGGCCAAGUGAUCGGCUGCUCACUCAGUGGAGGGCCUGCAUUUGCAGCAGGGAAUGCUCCGCGGCUUGCCCUUUGCCCCCGUCCCUGGCUGUCCCAAGCAGUGGGCAUCUCGGCCCACACCAGCCAGAACGCUCACGCUUCCGUUUCCAUAGAACCGACAGUGUUGGAGUCAUCAGCACCAACCCCACUGCCCUCCAGAGGGGACAGGCCACUGCAGUGGCCUCUGUGAUGAGCAGUGGCCUAGAAGCUGGUGACCAGGGCACCAGAGAGGUGUGUGUGCUGGCCGCCUUCACUGUGCAGAAUGGCAGGGGCCUGUGGGACAGCAGCCCAGCACUGCCAGCGCCUUCUGGCCAGUUAAAAAUGAGAGCAAAGCACCAGCAGAGCAUCCAGAGACCCCAGGCUGGAGCCCACUUGGCCCUUCCUUGCUCUGUCGUCCUCCCAUGUGAUCGGGCGGCCCAGCCCUUUCCCAGUGGCAGGAGGACUGAGAGUGGCGUGUUCCCACGGGAAGGCCUGGUUCCCAUGCCGAGCCCCGUUCGUCGGGACAGCUAGCCCUUCCCCCAAUGAGGCCUUGCCGCGUUUCUGCAGAAAGCAGUCAAUGUGGGGCCGUCCCGCUACGGAGACGAUACCUGCCUUUCCAGAACAUUGCCCACGGCGUCCUGUGCCUGAAGGCUGGUUCCCGCAGCCUUCCCGUGUUCUCCUCACCCCUGUUCCCAGUCAAGGCAGGAAAUGUCUGCGUGGCCUGCGAGCCUCGCCCCCUCGCUCUGGAGCUGGUGUGACGGCUAGGGCACCAGGGCCGGGCCGGGUGCGGGGGCGCCCACGGUCGCCCCGGCUCUUCCUCCAGCCACGAUCUCCUGCCUGGUGAGCGGCCUGCUGUCCGACUCUUGCAGGCUGCCACUGUUACUGCAGGGUCGUGAGCCUCUGGAGGCUGCAUUUCACAAAGCUUUUUUAUCUUCGGUUCCUAAAAUAUAAUCUGAUAAUUAAUGGUUUGUGGAAUCCAUUAUGAAGUGCAAUUAGAUGGAUGUAGGUUCCCGCCGUUUAGAGGGAACGACUAGCAUUUAUCUUGCUUUCCUCGAUGCCAGGAGGGCGCAGUCCGCUAGCGCAGGGCUCACACGCCAGGCAGGGCCCCCGGCCGCGUCUCGGGGCUCCCCCGCCGCCCCCCGCAGAGGUGGUGCCCCGUCUUGUCGCUCCCCUGCGAGCGCACGCCUCCUUUCCCAGCGGUGUCGCAUCACCAGGUACGAGCAGCGGCAGGGGGUCAGUUUGGGACUGGGUGAGGACUCGUACUGCCCCCGAGCACUGCUGGAGGGGCAGAAGGCGGAGCCUUGCCGCGGACCAGCGUGCUCGCUGAGGCCACCUGGCCACCAGGCAGCUCGUCCUCAUUGUGAUGUGCACGUCACUUGAGCUUGUCAGCUCAGGGAGUAAAUGAAGUUUUCCAAGGCGAGUCCUCAAAAGCCAAAACCUGACCAGAAGAUGGUGCUCAAACCUUUAAGACAUGGCCUCCACAUGCAGCCCUUGCCGCUCCUGCCACGGCCGUCUCUCCUGAAGGGCCUCUGUCCUGUGAGCUGUCAGACCGUCCUGCGAGGGGCAGAGCGGCACUGGACCUCCCCUUUGGCAUCAGAUGAGACCCUCUGGAAGAGGAAGGGCCGCGGCCCAGCCCGGCGGGUAAGAGUGCCUGCUCCUCACAGGCCACAGCGGCACCGCCGGAAUCCCUUCUAGUCGAGAAACAAAUAAAAACUUAAUUGCUAAGGGCCUGGAGGGAAAAGUGAUUUUUCUUUUUAAAAAAGUCCUCUGAUGAAAGAAAGCUGUAAGUUUUAAACCAAGUUCCAGAUCUUUUCAAGUGCGGAGAAGUUCUCCCAGGUCUCCAGUGGAGCCCCGCGUUGUGGCAGCGCGCACCUUUCCUCCGGAGUCGCCAGGCCUGCAGCUCGCUGUGCCGGGAGCAAACGGGGCCGGGCCCUGCUGGACGCGCCCUCCCUGGCACCUCCGGCAGGAGGGACAGAGGAGGGGGCGUCCCAAAUCCAAUCUUCUCCUUGCGCGGGCCUCUGCAGGGCGCUGCGUUGGUGGCAAUCUUAGUGUCUCCCCGGAGAUGCCCAAGUGUGGAUUUUAAUUGUAGGAAGACUUCUUCCAGCUCUACUUGGCUGUCUGUUCUUUCCUCUCACUGCUGCCCACGAGACCUUCUGAAUGUCCUCCAUGGAGGACAUUGUCCUUGUGCUCUCUUUGGCCCCCAUCACUUGCAGAGGUGUCUCGCUGCCGUGGGGCGUCCUGCUGGCCCCCAGGCUGAGCCCUGGGGCGUUGGGGCGGUGGUGUGGAGGAGCCUGUGGACUUCCUGGAUACGCUCUAUGCAACCGCAGACUUUCUGCUUCCAGAGCUCAGGAAGCAGCCGGUGCAGACGGGGGUGACGGGAAAGGCAGGGAGAGUCCAAGCUGGAGUCUAAUUCUGUGGAAGUAAUGGGGAUCACUGAUAGAAUGGGGUUUGCCAUCCCAGGUAAGUGAGACGACAGACGGGACUCAAGCAAGGGUUGCCCGAGGGAGAUGGGACUGUCCCAAGUACCUGAGCAGCACCUGGGGCCGGAGGGGCAGAGCCAUAAGCCUGUCUUUUCUGUCUCAGAAGCUUUAUGUUUAGAAGUGCCAGGCCCUGUGCUGUGAAUCCUGGCUCCCCUGGCGAUCCACCCAGGGCUUCUCUGUGCAAAUGCCCUGACCCUCCGCUCCCACAGCCACGGGCAUCGGCCUCAUCCCCCGGGGAAGAGCUCUGAUGGUCAGGUGCUGAGGGACAAAUGGGGUCGCGUCUGACAGGGUGAAUGUGGGGGGGAGGGGUGGCCUACUCUGCUCAUGGUUUCAGUAAAUCAGGUGCACUCUCACAAUCGAGAGAGAUGAGCUGGGCCCUAAGAGUUUCUCACCGCAGGUGAUGUCAUGGUCACCGCAAGCUGAUGACAUAUUAAUGAGAUGGGAGGGCUGUGCCUUUAAAUCUCAAGGUGCCUGAGAUCUGUGGAUUGCCGGAGGGAUGGAAGAAGCCGGGAACCUGGCAGACGGCGGUUCUAGGGGACGAGCAGCGUUUCUGUCAGGGCUGGGAAGCUGGCGGUGAUGGAGAAAUUGCUGGGGUGUUUUAAUUACUCCUCCCAGAGAAAGAGCAGCAGCCUCGGCCCUGCUCCGCUUGGUCCAGUGUAUCCCAGGGUCCCUUGCGUGGUAGGGGGAAAAUGGGAUCAAAAGUAAGAUUUGGAGUCGAAGAGGGUAUCAGAGACGAGUCAAUGACAGUUGUUUUGUUGCCGUGAAAACCUUGGGGCUGUUAGGACUUGGGCCAGAGGCUCGAAGCACAGCCAGAACUCAGCAACUUCCUGCACGUACAGCUGCGCCUCUGAGGACGCAGAAGCGCCUAUGUUCUGGGGAUCACGUCGUUGAGAACAACUAUGCCCUGGGCUAAUUCACGUUGUGUUCCAGCCAUUGUUUCUCUUCCCAAGGCCGGCCGCACCUCCCACCGCAGUCAGGACAGCUAGCCAGCACCUGGUGCUGUGUAAAUUAGAUUACAAACUGUUAUUUUCGUUUAACUUGCACUAUUCUGUAUAAAUAAAAUACUACAUACUUUGAAAA